GAGAAGAGAAGAGAGGAGAUGAGAGGAAAGGAGAGAAUGGAGAGCGUUGCUCUAUGGAGCAUUGCUCUAUGUCAAGUGCUUUCUCUUUCUGCUCUUCUGUUGUGGAAUGUCGUCGCUUCGUACUUUGACAUCACCCACAAUCUUAGAUCCCUCACUCAACAAUGGAUUACUCACCGUGUCAUAGCAGAUACCCCUCUCAUCCUUCAGAUCCAGAGCUUCCAGCAUCGUUUCUUGGACGCCUUAUUCUCUGGUCUUUCGGGUGUUGUCUCUGUGCCCUUCUAUACUGCCUUUCUUCCUUUACUCUUCUGGAGUGGGCACUGUAAAUUGGCCAGGCAGAUGACGUUGUUGAUGGCUUUCUGUGAUUAUCUAGGAAACUCCGUUAAGGAUGUAGUCUCAGCUCCUAGACCCAGUUCUCCACCCGUUAGGAGAUUAACCGCUACAAAAGAUGAGGAAGAAAACGCAUUGGAAUAUGGAUUUCCCUCCUCUCACGCUCUUAACACAGUUUGCCUGGCUGGAUACUUGUUGCACUAUGUUCUGUAUUCCGCCGAAAAUAGAGGCGCUACUCACGCAUUGAUUGGAGUUACCGUGGCUUGUUUGCUUGUAGGACUCGUCAGCUUAGGAAGGAUUUACCUUGGCAUGCACAGCGUGGUCGAUGUCCUAGGUGGGCUUGUAUUUGGACUGGUUAUUCUUGCCUUUUGGCUCACUGUUCAUGAAUACAUGGACAGAUUUAUAGUCUCUGGACACAAUGUCUCCCCCUUCUGGACUGCCUUUAGUUUCUUAUUGCUUUUUGCAUAUCCAACCCCAGAGCGUCCCACCCCAAGUUUUGAGUAUCACACAGCUUUCAAUGGUGUCAUAUUGGGAAUGGUUAUUGGAUUCCAGCAAGCUCACCAUCAUUUUCACCGUAAAGCCAUUCGACACAUCUGUAGCCCACAACUUUCGCUCCCAGUUUUUGUAGGAAGGAUACUUUUUGGCAUUCCUGCGAUAAUUCUUGUGAAGUUCUGCAGCAAGGCACUAGCUAAAUGGAUACUUCCUGUGCUGGCAAACACUUUAGGCAUCCCAAUAAGAUCAUCCAGCUACAUCCCUCAACUAAAUAUUUCUUUAAGUGGUGAGAAUGCUGAAAGCCAGAAGAUGUUCUUUUCCCCUCAAGAUUCAUUUGAUGUUGACACAGGCAUAAGGUUCCUUCAGUAUGCGAUUCUUGCAUGGUCGAUAGUUGACCUCGUUCCACCUCUAUUUUCUCUCCUACGGUUGUAAUGGACAAAUGCUUAAGUAAUGACUUAACUGCACCUUUGCUUCCUGAGGGUUGCAAUAGGGAUGUACAUUCUUAUUGAUUUUGUUUGAUCAUACAAAAUUCUUGUCAGUCCAAAGAGAUCAUUGUACUCUUUUAUGUAUAUACUCAAGCCAUCAUUCAACCAACA